AUGGGUCCGCCACCCGUAGUUACCGGUAUAUCACCAAAAGAAGGGCCACCUGGUACAAGGGUUACAAUCAGAGGCGAAUUCUUGGGGACUGGUGCAACAGAUCUCAUAGGACUUAAAAUAUGUGGGUGUGACUGCUUGCUCUCUGCUGAAUGGAAGAGUAGAAAUAAAAUUGUUGCUAGAUCUGGCCCUUGUAAAGGUCGUGGGGACAUAAUUGUUACUACACGGUCGGGUGGAGAGGGCACAUCUACUGUGCAAUUUAGAGGAUACCACGAGUCCAUUGGCCCAGUAAAAGAAAGCGCAGUAUGGGUGGAGGAAACAGCCCCUCCAGCAUUGCCAUGGGGCAGACGACCCAUGUCCCCCACUGCUUAUACUCCCCCAGAUCCCCUUGGGUUAUCUACAGAAGGGGAUGAUUAUAAAUUUCCCGAAGAAGAACUUAAUGAAUUGUUUCCUGAUGGAUCAGGUAAGCUGACUGACGAGAACUUCCAACCAGGCUGGUAUCUGUUGGAGCACCACAGCAACACAUCAUUUGAAGAUUUAAAGGCGGGACUUGUGUUUCUACAGAGGAAGGUAGAAGGCCAGAAGGAGGGCCAGUUGAGUUUCCUAAAAGCCAACACGGGGGCAGUGAUGGACCAACUGGACCGACUUGUUCUACUCAAAAACAUGUAUGAGGAUGAUGAGAGGAAGAAUGGCAGGGAACCUCUGCCGAGUCUACAAGCCGCUAUUGAGGAAUCAAUAUCGCUGGCUGACUCCCUUUUCUCCGAAAUAUUAUCUCGCAAAGAGAAUGCGGACAAGACGAGGGAAGCCCUCUCAAUGCUGACGAGACAUAAAUUUCUUUUCCAAUUGCCCGCGUCGAUCGAUAAGAAUAUAAAGAAGAAGGAAUACGACCUCGUAGUCAACGACUACACCAGAGUCAAGAAUCUCUUUGGAAAUACUGACGUCAAGCUAUUUCAAAAAAUAUUGGACGAAAUCGACAAGAAGAUAGAGGAUUUGAAGGAGAACCUUUAUAUGAGGAUGAAAACGAUGCCCUGCAACGUUCAGGAGCAGACCAAAUACAUCAGGCUCCUAAUAAGCCUGAACUGGGAAGGUGACGCGGCUUGGGAAGCCGUGAGCAGCCGACAUCAGUAUCUCAUGGCUCUCUUGAACAAGGUCAAGGACCAUUUCAAGCUGAAGGAGGAGCAGGAGAACAGCGAAAAGGGUAAACGCAAAUCGCGCGAUGACAGCGGGGUCUCGUGGGGAGUCGGCCGCGGGUCGUGGUGCGCGUGCGCAAGCGCAGCUCUGUCUCGGGAGCUGCACGCCCUGUGGCCUCUGGCCAGGAGGUACUUCGCGGGGGAACUGGCCGGGAGACCCACGGACCCGCAGAGGCACGCCGAGUUGAAGGAGAUGAUAAUAGCCGCAGUGGAGCUGUUCUCUGAGCACAUGCGGUAUUGCCUCAUGGGCGGAAGCGGGGCCGCCGGCGCCUUACCGCCGGACACCUUGAGGACCAGACUUCUGGCCAACCUGGCGCACCUCAGAGAGGCGUACGAGUCACUCUUGAAGCUGGAUUUGCCUUCACAGCCCCUGGCGAUAGUGGAGAAGGUGAUAUUCGAGUACCGGGUGCACGGCAUGUCGGUGUUCCUGCAGAGGGCUCUGCGGCGAGUGAAAGCCUUGAGCGGCCUCGAGACCUGGAAGGUGCAGGACUUCACCGACUACGGGGCCAUCACUGGACUUCCCCACCUCCUGGAAUCUUACAUCGAAGAAGCUCUGUCGUGCAUCAGCAAGUGCGUGCUGCCCUGCGGCCGACGGGAGACUCCUCUCCUUGCGGAGCACUCGCCACCCCUGCUCACCCUCCACAAGCAGACCGAGCAGAUCCUCAUGGCCUUCGUCUCGGUGUUGGAGGGACUGGUGUUGGAUCAUGAGGAGGAGUUCGACAACAGCAGCCUGUCGAUCCUUCUGGAACAGUCCGUGGAGGACAGCCCCGAGAGCGGCUCCCGUUCCUGGCAGCAGAAGCUGCUCAUCGCGAACGCCAACGCCCACUACACGCGGAAGGUCAUCUUGGAUCGCGUCGCUGACGCCUUCCAGAGCUACAGCGUCAUGCCUCCCCUGGCGGGGCUCAAGGCGUCCCGCGAGGCCCUGAGCUCGCUCGAGACGCGCAUCGGGGAGCAGUACAUCGAGCAGAAGGGGGAUCCCUUGGUGGGCACCAUCGAGCCGAGCAUGUUCGUGGGCCGACAUCAGCCCCUCACCAUGCCCACCGACGCCCGCCCCUACGUCUACGAGAUCAUCAACAACCUCAUCGCCGUGCACGCGGAGGUGGACAGCAUCUGCGGGCCUUCCUCGUCCCGCUACGUGCGAGACAUCUGCGAGACGGUGUGCGAGGAGGUGUCCCGCUUGGCAGCCACGCCCUUGUCCCGCACGGCCGCCUUCCGCGCCAGGCUCGACUGCGCCCUAUUGAGACUGGCCUGCAGCGAACACCUCACUAGGAAAGCCGAGAGCUACCUGAUAGAGGCACUGGCUGGACUUCCGCCUCUCGACAACGAAGAAGAUAAAAAAAGAAUGGAUAAUCUAAUCCAAGGAUUCAAGAAGAGAAUGGAACUGCAAUUGGCCUGUCUCAAUUGUAAUGUCGAGACUAUUUGA